AUGCAAAGGACAUUUGAACUGCACCAGGCAUACAAACUUCGCUAUUGGAAAAAGGAGAAGGAUGCUUACAAGUUUAUCGCUUCGAGCGAAGUUGAUCUUGAGAGCAAUGAUAUCAUUUUAAUUAAAUGUUCGCAAAUGAGUGAUUCCUUCUUAGUAGGAGUGGUAAACAAAAUACAGAGGGCUAGAGAUUUUUCCGUCCUUUUUAUGAAUGUCAAACGGUACAUCUGUGGUAACAAGGUGGGAGAAGGGAUCAAGUUGUACGAGGAGAUGGACAUAAGUGAGGAAUACGUGGAGAGUUACCUGAACAGACGCAGCGGAACUGCACAGGAGUUCUCCUUUGCGGCGGCUGCGCGGGGGGACAGCCCUCAGAUUGAUUACACCUGUCGGGGGCAUGCCAUCAUUGAUAACGCCUGUCGGGGGCAUACCAUCGGUGAUAACGCCUGUCGGGGGCAUACCAUCGGUGAUAACGCCUAUCGAAAUCAUACAAUCGGUGAUCAAACGUAUGGAGAUCAUAUCAAGCAUGACCGCUCACGUGGGGACCUUCCGCAAGAGCCCCCCCAGGCAGACGACCCCAACGUCCACGAAGCCGUCACCCUUGCUGUUCACCUCAAUACCAUUUCGAACCGAAUCAAGUACUCCAUGCUGAGUCUCUUCGAAAGGAAGAAAGAGUCCCCCCACAGCGAACUCCUACAGCUACUUCUAAACGAAGAAAAGAAUUCAUCAUCUGUGGUGGCAUCUCCGAAGGGGACAGACAUGUUCACUGGGGUUCACCACGAUGGAAAUUACAACUUUCUGAUUCAAGAAGCUAUACAUAAAUUCUUGGAGAGUCGAAAAAAGGAGAUGCAUUUCUUCGACAUGGUUAACAAGGACCUUAUCAAGAAUGACAAGAUCGUUGGAAAGUUACACAAAAGGUUGAAAAACAGCCGGGAGGAAUUCUCACGCAUGUGCAAUGUGUACAGGAGGUUCGACGUCUACCAGAAGGCCGUUUUGCAGGACAUUCUGAUCAACGAAGAGGGGGUGCCCGUGCACCUGGUUCGGGGCGCGCCCGGGAGCGGCAAGAGCGACCUCAUCUCCUUCAUCAUAUACUUCCUAACCCUGGAGCGAAAGAACAACAUCUUCGUGGGAACGAGCAAACACAUCUCGGUGCAAAACGUGCGCCAAAAGUUACUGCACCUUAACCUGUGCCUCAACAGAGAUACCAUGCAUAGGCCGAGCAACCAAAAGUCAGACAUUUAUAUAGAUACCAUUUAUCAAGCCUUCAAAAUUAAAGAUAAAAAAAUAAAGCACCUAAUUAUCGACGAGGCGUCUAGCUUAUCUGAAUAUAGCAGUCUGAUCUGUUUAAAUCUGAACUGCGAUUUUGUGUACGCCUUCGGUGAUGACAAGCAGUUAACUUUUCACAGCUUAAUAAACGAGAGGAAGAGACUCCAAAUAAAUUACCUCAGCAUCUUCGAAAAAUUAAGUCAAUACAAAAAUGCCAAGUGUCACAGUCUGCUCAUUCAAUAUAGGUUGAUCUUUCCUAUGUACUUAUUUACUUCUUUUUAUUUUUACGAGAGAAAAUUAAUUGCAUCGAAAAAAAUUAUGGAUCACUUCUUCCUAUCAGGGGAGAAGGAGAACCCAACGAGGGUUACCGGCCCCGAGGUAGAGCACUCAGGGGAGGAAGCAGAAGAGCUCUCAGGAGAGGAAGCAGAAGAGGUCUCAGGAGAGGAAGCAGAAGAGGUCUCAGGAGAGGAAGCAGAAGAGGUCUCAGGAGAGGACCACCCCAUGCACGUGAACUGGAAGAACCUCUUUCAGCAUUGCACAUUCCCGAUUCUGUUCAUCGAUACGUACCAUGGAGAGUCCAACGCUCAAACGUUUGAAUUCAAAAUUAACUACUCAUAUGUGAACCAUUUUGAGGCACAGAUAAUUAUGAAGCUGGUCCAAAUACUAAAUCUGGAGAAUCAGAAAAAUGUCACCAUUUUGACUCCAUACACGGGCCAAAAGUUGUAUAUCCAAUCUCUCUUGCGAAAUGGCUACCUGGGCAAUAGAACCCAUUCACAUGAUCCCAUAUUUUACCGUCACGAAAAGGAAAACAAAGAAACAUGCACAAAUGUUAUGUACCAAAAGAUGGCUGGAAGAUCGGAAGGUAUAUUUUUUCGAGGUGAGCAUUCCGACACCCCCAAGAGAGAUAUCGAUUCGUGUGCGCAUUCGAGUCAUGGUCAAAUGUUUGAACUUUUUAAGAAGGGCAAUAUAGGGGGGAGAACGAACGGGUUGAGUGGAAUCUCCCGGGAGGAAAACAUCCUUCGCAUCGGUCUAUCUAGUAACCCUUGCAAUGAGAGUAUCUUCCAAACUGAUCAUCCUAGUGGAGUCCCCCUUUUUGGAAACAUCCUUUCGAAGAGGUUUCCACCAAAUGGUGAGAGAGUAGGUGCAAACAAUUUCCAUCCCUCAGAGAAAGUACUUUCUACAACGUCUCAACUACCCCCAAACGGAAGAACUAUCAGUAGGCACAUUAAGUGGACCAACCGAUCCCAUAGCAAUAACCAACCAACGAAGGAAAACACACAAGUCGACCAAAAUAUGAACAUUCUGCACAGAAAUGUGCACACAAUAGACAGUUACCAGGGGUGCGAAAACGAUUUCAUUAUUAUAAGCACAGUCCGAUCGAAUGACAAAAAUUUGUUGGGCUUUCUAAAUGAUGAAAAGAGGUUGAAUGUUCUGUUGACUAGAAUGAAGAAAGGAAUUAUCAUUGUCGGAAAUUCUAACACGCUACGGAAUAAUUUUUUUUGGAAGGAGUUCAUUUCCUUUUUGGACUUUUUUAACUCCAGGAAGUCCGCCUUUACUUUGCCUUUCCUGCGCAACUUAAAGUGA